UUAGCGCUCAGUCACCGGUGUCUCUCUGCUGGGAUGGACCGCUGUGUGUGACAGGAUGGAGGACAUCAGCUGCGGUGGACACGCUGCUCCAGACUGUGUAGCGUUUGCGUGGAGUGUGAAAUCCUCUUGCGCGUCUUCCGACGCACACGCAGACUCGCUGUGCGCUUGAGUGAACUUUUAUUGAGUUAGUCUCGGACACAUCAGCUGUUCACGGGGGUGCGUUUGUUUUCCACGUGGACGUUCAAAGUGUCAGAGGAAGAAAAAAAAAAACCGAUGCGAGCCCGAUUUCCAUGCGUCGCCGUUCCCCCGGAUCAUGUGCACCACCACCACCGCCACCACCGCUGCUGCUGAAUCCUCCUGAAACAUGUUCAUGCUCUGGGUCCCGGUGAGUCUGUUCCUCGGCUUCAUCGUCGCGCAGACGUGGAGCGUUCAAAUGUCGUGGGAGAACUGGGACGCCGAGCAGCUGCGCAACCGGGGCAACGAGUUCGAGAAGGCGCAGGCGGGCAGCUCGCAGCCGCACAUCGUCUUCAUCCUGGUGGACGAUCAGGGUUUCCGGGACGUCGGUUACCACGGCUCCGAGAUCAAGACCCCGGCACUGGACCGGCUGGCGGCGCAGGGAGUGAAACUGGAGAACUACUACGUGCAGCCGCUGUGUAGUCCAUCCAGGAGCCAACUCCUGACCGGCAGGUAUCAAAUCCACACUGGCCUUCAGCACUCUAUCAUCCGACCUACCCAGCCCAACUGCCUGCCCCUGGAAAAUACCACCCUGCCCCAGAAGCUCAGGGAAGCAGGGUACUCCACUCACAUGGUGGGCAAGUGGCACCUGGGCUUCUACAAACGUGGUUGUCUCCCCACCCAGCGUGGUUUUGACAGCUUCUUCGGCUCCCUGCUCGGCAGCGGGGACUACUACAGUCACUAUAAAUGUGAAGCGCCCGGUAUGUGCGGUUACGAUUUGUACGAAGGGGAGGAAGCAGCUUGGGAACAGGACCGCGGCUUGUACUCUACUGUGAUGUUUACUCGAAAGGCUAUCGGUAUUUUAGCCAAUCACAACCCUCGCAAACAACCUUUGUUCCUCUACUUAGCCUAUCAGGCUGUUCAUUCCCCGCUGCAGGUUCCUGCCCACUACCUCGAGCGCUACAAGGCCAUCCCGAACUUGAAUCGCCGUAAAUAUGCCGCCAUGGUGACUUGCCUCGAUGAAGCUAUACACAACCUCACGGUAGCGCUAAAGCGCUAUGGUUAUUAUGACAACACAAUUAUAGUGUACUCUUCAGACAACGGAGGCCAGCCAUCAGCUGGUGGAAGCAACUGGCCCCUCAGAGGGAGUAAAGCCACCUACUGGGAGGGGGGUAUCAGGGCUGUGGGCUUUGUUCACAGCCCCCUGUUGGUGAACAAAGGGACAAAAUGCCGAUCUCUGGUCCACAUCACGGACUGGUUCCCUACUCUGUUGACUCUGGGUGAAGGGACAAUAGACGAAGAUCUAAAUCUGGAUGGGUACGACGUGUGGGAGGCUAUCAGCGAAGGCCGCCAGUCGCCUCGACAGGACAUUCUACAUAACAUUGACCCAAUUUACAUCAGAGCCAAAAACGGUUCAUGGAAGGCUGGGUACGGCAUAUGGAACACAGCCAUCCAGGCUGCGAUCCGUGUGGGCCACUGGAAGCUCCUGACAGGUGUUCCUGGGUACAGUGACUGGGUGCCACCACAGACCUUCUCCAGCCAGCGGCUAACCAACCGCUGGCAUAAUGAGCGCGUGCGUUGGGACCGAGGUAAAUCCCUCUGGCUCUUCAACAUCACAGCCGACCCUUACGAGAGAGUGGACUUGUCUCUGCGCUACCCACACGUGGUGAAGAAGAUGCUAAUGCGGCUAGCGCAGUACAAUAAGACCGCAGUGCCGGUGCGCUACCCAGCCAAAGACCUCCGUUCUAACCCUCAGUAUAAUGGGGGCGUUUGGGGACCCUGGUUCAAGGAUGAGAGGGACAAGCAAGGGGAGGAAGAGAGAGACAAUCAUUUGUUCUCCAGCCAUCUUGGAAAAAGAAGGUGGAAGAAUAAAUCAAAGAGCAGAAAGCUGAAAAGGAGGGUAGAUGGCUAGCUUGCCCCAUUUGUGAAAGACUUAAGCUGCCUUUUCUCAGGGAUUGACACUUCCUGUUUCAGGAUUGUCCUCGUUAUAGGCUAAAGAACUCAUGUUCGUUUUAACUUGACUCCAGUUAAUACUGUAUGAAAAAUCAAAGCAGAUGGAGCUUAUGAAAUGCCUCAACAGAAUAAGGAAAGGAUCCACUCGUUCAAACACUACUGUCAUGCCCAGACACAGCUAAAACCUCAUGUUAAUGUUCGGGGCAUUUAAAGAAUGUUUAUUUUUCUAGAUUGUGUUGCAUGCUUGAACUGUUGUCACCUUUUUGAAUUGCUCUGUAUACUCAUGUGUCACUUAGAGUAGCAAAUCGAUAUUCAUAGACAGUUGCCAUAAAUUAUGGUAACAGGAAUAUAUAUAUAUAUAUAUAUAAAAAAAAAAUCAUGAUUCUAUAAUGUUAUUGAUUGCAGCGAUGCAGUCUUGUGGACACAGAUGUAGGAUUUAUGUGACGUGUGAGUUGAUGUGUGUUGGUUUUAUAAGCACAGUCUGUCUGAACUCAAAAAUAAUAGAUUCGGUUCUCUCUUCUCGAUGACGUCUGGUCCGGCACCAGGCCAACCUGAAUGUAAGACAAACUAAAAAAAAAAUAAAAGCUCCAGACACAAA